AUGACCACGGCAGCCCCUUCCUCCUCGGCCACCACCCCCUUGGCCAACCCGGCCACGCUCUUCAGGAGUCCCGUGCGCGCUAUCUGGAAUGUCCAAGGAGAGAAUGUGCCUACUCUAUGGUGGCCAGCAAGGGGUCACCUUACGUCCUCACAGGAUGCCAAGAGGGGACAACACAGCACCGUUCUCUUCAUGAUUCCUGGCAACCCUGGUCUUAUUGAUUACUAUACACCAUUCCUCCAAACAGUGCAUGACACCUGUCAGGGCAAGAUCGACAUCUUUGGAGCUUCCCAUCUUGGCCACUCUGCAGGAGCGCAUGUCACGGACCCAUCAAGAAUGUACGCACUGGAGGAGCAAGUCGAGAGCAAGAUUGCUAUUAUGGAUCGACUCCAGGAAAUGUAUCCAGCUGGAACUCGGUUUAUUCUUGCAGGACAUUCAAUGGGCGCUUGGCUAGCACUUCGGGUGCUGAAGGCUCGCCCUAACCAUGGAAUUGAACGCAUCUUCGAGCUGUUUCCUACCAUUCACCGAAUCGCGGACACUCCAAAUGGCCGUAAAAUGAAGAAUCUGUUCAAGCCAAUGAUCCGAUCCAUCGUGGGAGGAACUGUUAGCACUCUUCGUUUCAUCUUUUCGGCACCCCCAGUUCUUCAAUCGAUCGUGGCUCUGGCUACAGGCCAAGAGAGUGAUAUGGCCAAGGUUACCUCACAGAAACUGCUCUACAGCUCCGUGGUCAAGAACUGUCUGUUCCUGGCGGGCCAGGAAAUGGAGGCGAUCAAAAUCAUGGACAAAGAGCUGAUCGAGGAGCAUGCAUCGAAGUUUGUGUUUUACUAUGGAAAGACAGAUGAUUGGAGCCCGAUUGAGAAUUAUUACGAGAUGAUGGAGUUGUUCCCGAAGGUCAAGAGCUAUCUCUGCAACCAGGGAAUGGUUCAUGCAUUCGUGCUGGGCCACGGUGAGCCGAUGGGUCUCUUGGUCGGAGGUUGGAUUAACGAGAUGUGA